AUGGACACCUCCAACCUGGUCACUGUCCUUGAACACUCUCGUUUGGUGCUAUAUUUUGAUUUUGCAAGUGCGGCCAUCGCGCUCUACGACUACAUAUUGACGCUAGAACUGGAAACUCGCCACAUGUGGUUCAAACAACGCUGGUCCCUCAUCCGGAUAUUGUUCUUCAUAAACCGUUAUACCCCCUUCGUGGACAUCACUUUUUCACUCUACAACGUACUUCUUCCGACCGAACAAGGCUGCACAUUCAUGAAUAAAUUCAGUGGUUGUGAGCAAUCUACAAUACUCACCCGUGUGCUCCGUGACAGCGUCGUCCUAGGGUCAUUCUGCCUCAGUAUCGCAUUAUCUGAAGUAAUCCUCACAAUGCGCACUUGGUCACUGUGGAAGGGGUGGCGCUGGUCGUGCGUGGCGCUAGUCGCCUUCUAUCUGAGCUGCUGGAUUCCGAUUGGUGUCCUCCUCGAUAUAUUCUUUGCCCACGCCGAAGUGUACGCCAUUCGUCUCCCCGGAUAUGCUACAUGCCUCGUAAUCCCUGGCAACAAGAGUCUAUAUAUAUGUUGGACUUUGCUUUUGGCGUACGACACCGGAACACUGGCCUUAAUGAUCGUCGCUGGCACUAGAUCGUAUACACAGUUGUACGGACGAUUAAGGGGCUCCUCUGCUCUUUUGCGGACUAUUUAUAGAGACGGCAUAACAUAUUACAUCGCAUUGUUUAUUUUGGCUCUUAUGAACAUCGUCACCGUUGCGAUGCUUCCUAAGGAGUUUGUCAACCUCUUCUCAGUACUUAUGAGGGCUGUGCACUCCACCCUGACCUCCAGGGUCGUUCUUCAUCUACGCGAGCAAGCAGAGAGGUCUACCGUGUUCCCUGAUAGUACUUUCGACAUCACGUAUCACUCGACAGGGCCUUCGUGA